AGAGAGAGAUUGGUUUACAUCAACAUCAGAUUCUCAUGAGAAAAAAAACACACAAUUUAAUUUCAGAUAAAAACACAACAAAACCAAACCAAAGGUUGAAAAUUUUCAGACCGCUUCACUGCCAAAGGAUUUAUCAAACCAGAUCCUCUGUGAUUCGCAUUUGUCUGUCUACCUGUUCAACGAGAAGAAACCCUAGCCUGCACAAUGCGAUGAAUUUCGUUUGGAACCAUGAGGGACCACAGGUUUGAGUAAUCAUGUGUUGAAGAGAAAGUGGUGUGGCGAGUUUAUGAGGUAUCGCCUGGAUCAAGAAAGAAGUUUGGCGUUAACAUUCUGAUUCAGAACACUGAAAUGAGACUCGAACCGGGGACUUGUAAAGUAUGCUCUGCUCCUUGCUCAACUUGCAUACAUCUUAACCGAGUUGCCAUGGGGUCAAAGGCUGAAGAAUACUCUGAUGAAAACUGUCGCGUAGGUGAGGCUAAUCAGUAUUCUACAAGUGAGGGUGAUGGUUCUCUUAGUAGCAGAGCUUGUAACAGAUUGAAGGAUGCUGUCACCAAAACCAGUAAUACACCUAGUGAUCAUUCCAGUCAUGAUUUUCUAUCUGAAAAUGCUGAGAGUAAACCGACACUGUCAGAAAAAUAUCAGGAUUCCAAGUGUUUAGAAGGUCUUGAUGAUAGCAUUUCUUGUAAUAAUAGAGCCAGUAAAGCUAAUUUAGUAAGUGGUAGCCAUCAAAUAAAUUCAGAUGGAAUAAAUAUAUCCUGUAGUUCAGCUUCAGUUAGUCUCUUAGGGAAAGAAGGAUCUAGAAUUGGGACAUCUGUUGACAUGUCUGGCUUGUCUGACAUUCUCUCUUCUAAAGAUGCAGCUAUCCCAGAAAAUUUGUCAGAAUGCUGUAUAGAAAAUGCUGAUACAUCAUUGACUAAAGAGAGAGAAUCUAUUAUUGUUUCUGGUGAAAAAUCUUUGACAGUAACUGCCAAGGUUCCGCUAAAAAUAUAUCCAAACUCAGAAGCAGAUACUGACAAUGAUUAUUGUAAUGCUAAAGAUAUUAAUCAUAGGUAUUCAGCCCAUGAUAUACUGCAUGAGAAUGCUGAGGAGCCAGUUAAAUCACCUGGCGUGCCUGUACCUCAAUCAGAAGAUGAGAGUGAUGAAUCAGAUAUUGUUGAGCACGAUGUGAAAGUAUGUGACAUCUGUGGAGAUUCUGGUCGUGAAGAUCUACUUGCCAUAUGUUGUAGGUGCAGUGAUGGCGCAGAGCACACCUACUGCAUGCGGGAAAUGCUUGAGAAGGUCCCUGAAGGGGACUGGUUAUGUGAGGAAUGCAAACAUGCAGAGGGCUCUGCCAAUCUGAGGCUAGAUGCUGAAGUAAAUAAGAAUCGUAAAGUUAGUUCCUCUUCACAAAUCUCUGGUAAAAGGCCUUCUGAAAGUGUGGAAGUAGCUAUAGCAGCAAAAAGGCAAGCUCUUGAAUCAAGCACAGGAUCACCAAAGGCAUCAAACCCGAAGAAAACAGUUUCACUGUCACGAGAAUCUUCAUUCAAGAGCUUAGAUAAUGGAAAGGUGAAACCAGGUCAACAGAUCCCCAUUCGUAAUCACCAUGGUGGUGAUGACAUAGCACUUGCUCGUUCGCUUUCCACAGGCCCUCGGAGUCAAGCUGCAAGGAGUACAUUGUUGAAGUCUAAUUCAUUCAACAAUUUUAAUUCCAAGCCAAGAGCCAAACUUAUUGAUGAAGUUGUUCCCCAAAAGCAGAAAGGGGGUGGUCAAUAUAUUUCUAAGAAUAUGGACACACCUGCUGGGUUGAUGAGCAAAUCAAUGUCAUUCAAAUCUUCAAAUUUGGGUCGUGCUACUGAUUCAAAAGUUAAAAUGCUAUCUUCGAAGCCUGGAACUGCUCAGGAUUUGAAAGGAUCAAGACAUGGAAAAGAAUCUGGUGUAUUUGACAGGAAAACGCUGUCUAGGAUUGAUCGGCCUGUCGUUUCCGCAUCUAAGGGUGAUCAGAAGCUCACACCUCGUGGUGAAACUGCUAAACCUUCAGCAGUUAACCACAAUCGAGAGUUCAAGGUCAACCAAGAUGGAAAACUAAAUUCAUUAUCAAAGUCUAUGAAUAAUAUAGGCCAUAAAAGUAGGGAACUUCAAGAGAGAACGUCGACUAGUGGACAUGAAACUCAACAGAACGGGCUGCCUCGAUCGCGAGAUACAGCAAAUCAGAUUGACAAAACAAAAGAUGGCUGUAGUGAUCGUGUGAGGUCAAGUCUUACUAAUACUUCUGAGUGUUGCACAAUUGGUGGUACACAGGAACUCGGUGAUGAAGUAUCAGUCAAUGCCACAAGUAGUUCAAAAGAGGAAAUGCAUAAUGGUAAUAGUUUGAAAGCUGCAAUCCACGCAGCUUUGCUUAGAAGGCCUGAAAUACACAAGAAGAAAGAUGUACCUGAGCGAACAGGUGAGUUUCCCACUUCAGGCACAGACUUGAAAUGUGAAGUCAGUUAUCAAGACCGAGUGUCGGUUUCCAACACACUGAAAAAUAGUAUAUCUACUGAAGAAACCAAUGCAAAGCAGGAAACCCUUGACAAUUCUACAUUUGAAACUUCCAAAUGUUUAUCUGCUAACAAUUUAAAGCAACUUCACUUUUGUCCAGCUGAUUUCCGCUCUCAACCGAGAAAGUCAGAUUCUGUUGGCUCUGCUUCUGGAAAGCCUGUGGUGAAAGACUUGCUCAAUCGUGCUUUGGAAAUCUCAAAUGUUAUUUCAAAGACGUCAGCUAUUCCAGAAUACAAAUACAUCUGGCAGGGUGUCUUUGAAGUGCAUAGAAGUGGAAAGCCUCCUGACUUGUAUACUGGAAUUCAAGCACAUUUAUCCUCAUGUGCUUCUCCAAAGGUUCUUGACGUUGUGAACAAAUUUUUACCUGAAGUUUCUCUACAUGAAGUUUCUCGCUUGAGCACAUGGCCUUCACAAUUUCAUCAAGGUGGAGGUUCUAAAGAAGAUAAUAUUGCCCUUUACUUCUUUGCUAAAGACAUUGAAAGUUAUGAGAGAUAUUACAAGAGUCUAUUGGAUCACAUGAUUAAAAAUGAUUUAGCACUUAAAGGGACUUUUGAUGGUGUUGAACUUCUCAUAUUUACAUCCAAUCAGCUUCCUGAAAAUUCACAGCGUUGGAAUACGUUGUUUUUCUUAUGGGGCAUAUUUAGAGGAAGGAGGAUUAAUCAUUCAGAUUCUGCAAAAAAGAUUUGUAUUCCCAGUUUGAAUGUUAUUCCAAAUGAGAAGUGUUUUCCAACUGCUGUCAUGACUUUGUCUGAAACUCCCUGCUCACCGGCGCGGGUGGGUGCAGAGUCGAUUGCUUGUUGUGGUAAAGCUGGCAGUGCACUUCUUCCAUCUACUUCCAUUGAGCAAGCUCAUAUUUUGAAAGGUAGUGCACCGGUGCAUGGACAGGACAGAGAGUCUAAACCUCUCAAGGCAACGAGAACAAGUGAAAUGAACAUGAUGAUGGAAACUAAAACUAAUUAUGAUAUUUCUGUUGGGCAAGAGGACUCCUUCUCUUCUAGGAUUCCUUAUGUUGGCAAUGAAGAGAUAGGUACAGCAAGCAAUAUCAGUAAGGAUGAAAUUUCGGAGAGUAAAAACAAUGAUGAAAAUCAACAAAGGCCUAAAAGGAAACAGAUAGAAGAUGGUCUUGAUAUUAACAUGGAGGCUAAAUUUCAGGGAGAACAGAUCGAAACAGGGGUCAACUGUCAGCUACCUCAUGAUAAAAGAGUCCGGCAUAUAGAUCUUUCACAUACAGUUGUGGAGGCUUCAGCAGUUAGUUGUCAGAACAUGCCUUGGGAUAAGGUCAAUAGUAAAUUGGAGGACAAAGAAAGUUCUAGCAAGCUGCUGAGAAAUUUCAGUGGAAUUCAUGGAAGUUACAGUUCUGGAGUGAAGGACCCUUCUAGUGGCAAUUUUGCAUCACAUGUAAAUGAUUUCAGUUCCUGUUCUUCAGUUGAGGUCAAGGGAUGCAAAGAAGCUUGUGAUGAGAAAAUCAUCCACGAGGACCUAGGAAGGAUGGAAAGAACCUUCUUUCCUUCUGAUGCAAAUAAUAAACUAAACGGGCCUCAUGAGCACGGGGACCGAUUUCAAGCUCGGAUACCGGAUCUUGCGCUUGCUUUGGGGGGUGAAACGAAACCAUCGCCAAAGGGUAUGCUGCCUUUCUUUGCUGGGACAGCUGACAAGAAAAAUAACCAGGAAAAGACUCCAGAUUUAUUGGAAGAUGAGAAAAAGAAUGACACUGACAGUGUUGCUGCAUCUCUUUCCUUAUCUCUAUCCUUCCCCUCUUCAGACAAGGAACAAAUCAGGCCUGUUUCAGAAUCUGAUCAACAUGUGAAUGCUCCUUUGCUCCUCUUUGGGAAAUUCACAGACAAAUAACCUGGUAUUUCUAAUCAUGUUCAUCAUCUUGUUCCAGAUGCCUCUGUCUUGCUCAUCAUGUAUGUAAUCAUCCAGUUCUUAUAUACAAAGAAGACUCCCUCUACCUGUUCAUGUGCCCAGCAUGAGUAAUAAGUUUUUUUGUACUCUUUGUUAGAUUACAUGCUUCUAUAUCAUCUUUUUUAGUUUUCAGAAUGCAUAGUACAGCUGUUUGUAUAUUAUAUAGAGAGAAUUUCAGCCGACAUAAUCUCAGAUUUUGCUAGGAACUGCGGUUGACUAUUUUUAUGACAUGGUUUUCUCUGUUCCUGGCUUCA